AUGGCUACCAUCUCCGUAUCUCCUUUCCCCGACGUGGAGAUCCCCUCCACCGACCUCUGGUCGUUUCUCUUCGAGCGUUCAGAUCGGCCGUAUCCACACUCCCAUCCCCUCUUCGUCGACCCUCUCACCAACCGUAGCCUCUCCUUCCAACUAAUCCGCCAACGCGCCCUCCACUUCGGCCACCACCUCCAAUCCAAAUGGUCCUGGCAACCGGGCGACGUGCUCGUCGUCUUCGCCCCGAAUGCCAUUGACCUGCCCCCCGCUGAUCUGGGCUAUCGCGCCGAAGAACUACGCCAUCCAUUGAUCGAUGCAGCCGCCAAAGCCAUCGUCACCACCACCGCGCAAGUCUCCAUCGUAUACGAAGCCAUUGACCGCGCCGGCCUCUCCCGCGACCGUGUCAUCCUCCUCGAUCAACUAGAUCCACUAUGGGCGACUAUCAAAGACACAGACUACGUCGCACCGCAUCGUCCCCCGAUCCAGAACCCUGAAAAAGACCUCUCCUUCCUGGUCUACUCCUCCGGAACGACCGGUCUACCUAAGGGCGUCAUGCUCUCGCACCGCAACAUGGUCGCGAACAUGGUGCAAAGUGCCGUUGCCGAGCAGGGCCAGCUGUCUGGAACCAAGAUCGCAUUCUGGGCAUUUUGCCGAAUCGGCUUCCUCCUCAACUACACCAUCUACAGCGGCGUACCCAUGUACGUCCUCCCGCGCUUCCAAUUCCCCUCGUUCUGCGAUACCAUCCAGCGUCAUCGCAUCACAUACGCUUAUGUCGUGCCUCCUGUUAUCCUGGAGCUGGUCUCCAACGCUGCCACUAAGAACUACGACCUUUCCUCCUUGCGCAUGGUGGUAUUUGCUGCGGCACCACUAGCUGUGAAUUUGAUCCACGCUGCGAAGCAGAAGUUAGGUCUUGUGGUUCGUCAGGCAUACGGGAUGAGCGAGUGUGCGCCUGCUAUUCAUUUCCAGACCUGGUCCGAAGCCCACACCCACCCCGGCUCCGUCGGGCGACUCAUCCCCAACAUGACAGCCAAAUACCACCCUAUCCACGACGGAGAUAAUAAAGAGAAAGAACUCUGGGUGAAGGGCCCCAAUGUCUUCCUCGGGUACCUGAACAACCCCACCGCGAAUAAGGAAUCCUUUUCCGAAGACGGAUACUACAAGACUGGGGAUGUGGGGUACGAGGAUGAUGCGGGGAACUUUUAUAUCACCGAUCGCGUCAAGGAGUUGAUUAAGUAUAAUGGUUUUCAGGUCGCGCCGGCGGAGUUGGAAGGGAUUGUUCUGGGGCAUCCGGGUGUGAAGGAUGUGGGUGUUGUCGGGGUGAAGAGUGGGUUGGCGGGGAGUGAGUUGCCGAGGGCUUAUGUUGUUGUCAAGGGGGAUAAGGAGAUCGUGGAGUUCGUGGAGAAGAGGGUUAUUGGGUAUAAGAGGUUGAGGGGGGGUGUCGGGUUCGUGGAAAGUAUUCCGAGGAAUCCGUCGGGGAAGAUUUUGAGGAGGGAGUUGAAGAAGUUGGAGAGGGAGGCCAAAUUGUGA